UUCAAAGUAAGUUAAUGACAGCGUGGCCGUAAUUUAGCCAAAAAAGUGGUCAUAAAUCUUCAAUUAAUCAUGCCUUCCGUAACGGUUAAAGAUGUUGACCAAGCCAAGUUUGUCACGGCUUUUGCUGCAUUCCUCAAAAUGUCUGGUAAAAUGAAGGUCCCUGAAUGGGUCGACCUCGUCAAAACAGCCAAAUUCAAGGAACUGGCUCCUUAUGAUGAGGACUGGUAUUUUACCAGGUGUUCUGCCAUUGCCAGGCAUCUUUACAUCAGAGCACCCAUUGGUGUCCGAACCACACAAAAGAUUUUCGGAGGCCGCAAGCGCAACGGUGUGUGCCCGUCGCACUUCUGCAGAAGCUCCGGAUCCGUGGCCAGGAAGGCCCUGCAGUCCCUGGAGCAGUUGAAGCUGGUUGAGAAGACUCCCGAUGGUGGCCGUCGCCUCACCUCCCAGGGCAGGCGAGACUUGGACCGCAUUGCUGCCCAGGUCAAGGCGAAGAAAUAAUCACUUCUCUUAUAAAUAAAAAUUAUUUCGUAAAAUUAAAAUAAU